AUGUGUGGCUUUACGUACAUUCUCUUCGGAAUGACAUGUGUGUUUCGGAUUAUUCAUUGUUUUGAACAAUAUCAGCAUGAAAUUCCGAACGGAUUUAACGUCCCGAACCCGUGCGACCCGACCGGGAUUUGGAAUGGUGUUGGACAUAAUGGACCUGAGGGACAAGGCAAUCAAAACCAGUUUGGGAAGGAUUUUUUGGCUGCUGGAAGGAAAUGGACGGAAAAGUUAUGCAAGGCAGACUCUGAUGGCGAUGGCAUGAUGAACGGUUAUGAACUAGGUGACCCUUGGUGUAGAUGGAAGAAAGAAACACCGACUUCACUUUUACCCGCUCAACACCAUCCAGGCGAGUAUAACAAACUGUUGAAUCUGCACACCAUCCAGGCGAGUAUCUGCGAGCCCUGGGACACCGAAGAAUGUCAACGCCACAAUGGGUCUAUCGUUUGCCCUGACCAUCUCAAAUGUGCUGCAGCCUACGAACCACAUGUUGGACAGGUUUCCGCUCGACUUCCUCUCACAGUCGUUCCUAGAAAGGAGUUCACAUAUGCCUGCAUGGUUUUCAACCUCCCCACAAAGCGUACCUAUCAUAUGGUGGAGGCCAAACCUAUCUUCUAUAACAGGAGAGUUCUACACCACAUGACUCUUUAUGCUUGUGACCCUAAAUUCACUGUCCGAGUGUCCGGCAAGCCGUUUGAAUGUCCAAAAGUGACCACUGCUCCAUGUCAACGGAUCAUUACAUCGUACAACCCAAAGUUUCCCAUCACGUGCCUUCACGAUCAAGUGGGUAUACACUUCGGGAAAGACGGAAUAAAGCAGCUCGUGAUUCAGGUGCUGUGGAACAACCCUUCAGGACUGGCAUACGAGGACAGUUCGGGAAUGGCGGUUUAUAUGACACCGAAUCUCCGUCCGAACGUUGCCGGUUUCGCCACCAUAGAUUCAACUGUGUUCCAAAUCCCUCCGGGUAUGGAAUCUUAUCUAGUGAUGGGUGGAUGUCCUGGAAAGUGCACCAACAAACGCAUUACAAAAGAAGUGUACAUUGCUAUGGGAAUCAACCUUAUGCAUAAACUAGGUAAAAAUCAAAGAGUGGAGCUAAUACGGAACAACACAAUUAUUCAUAACUUGACAAGAAGUGAUGACGUCGACCCUAAUCGUCCCGACGUAUUCAGACAUAUCGAUCCAGUCCGAGUACUUCCGGGAGAUUCCAUCCGCAUGAUCUGUGAAUUCAACUCGACACAAAUGACGUCACCAGUGAACAGGGGCUUGUCACCAGAGGAAGAAAUAUGUCGUGCUCAGUUGAUGUACUAUCCGAAGGAAAACUGGGUGAACCCGACGUGUCUUGGUUACAAACACGUGCCCCUUUGUUUAUUCGAGACGGUUGGAGAGGCUAUGAACUGUAACUAUCAAUCGUUUCUCGAUAGUCUACAAAAGGAAGCUCACUUCAACACCACCAUUGCUACAUGUGGUUUGGCCACGACCUGCUCCGCUGCAUGCUUACAUCUCGUCAGCAAAGAUCGGCAACACCCAUGUCUGCGGGGCGAGUUAUACGAGCUAUGGAAGUCCGAGCUAAUUGGUCAGCCCGACGAAAAGAUGAAAAAUUUGUAUAAGGCUCUCGUCCCUUGUGAAAAAUUGUACGAACAGAAUGCGCACCUUGUGCCGAGUCGAGGACGUACGGCGCCAUGA